AUGGAAAGACACAAUCUAUCGAUGCUGACUGAGUUCGUUCUCCUGGGAAUCACAGACCGCCCGGAGCUGCAGGCACCCUUAUUUGGGCUCUUCCUCAUUAUCUACAUGUUCUCGCUGAUGGGCAACUUGGGCAUGAUCGUCCUCACCAACAUAGAUGCCAGGCUGCAAACACCCAUGUACUUCUUUCUCAGACAUCUGGCUUUCACUGAUCUUGGUUAUUCAACAGCUGUGGGACCCAAAAUGUUAGUAAAUUUUGUUGUGGAGCACAACACAAUCUAUUUUUAUUCUUGUGCCAUGCAGAUGGCUUUCUUUAUCAUGUUCAUUAUUAGUGAACUCUUUAUUCUGUCGGCAAUGUCCUAUGACCGCUACGUGGCCAUCUGUAACCCCCUACUCUACACAGUGGUCAUGUCACAAAGGGUUUGUCUGGGGCUGGUGGCAGUGCCCUAUCUCUACAGCACAUGUGUUUCUCUUCUAAUCACCAUAAAGCUUUUUAAUUUACCCUUCUGUGGCUAUAAUAUUGUCAAUCAUUUCUACUGUGACAACUUCCCCUUGUUGUCUUUGCUUUGCUCAAAUACACAAGAAAUUGAAUUCCUAAUAAUGAUUUUCUCAGCUUUUAAUUUGGUUUUCACCCUUCUGAUAGUUCUCGUGUCUUACAUGCUCAUCGUUUUGGCCAUUCUCAGGAUGAACUCUGCUGAGGGGAGGCGCAAGGCUUUUUCCACCUGUGGGUCCCACAUGACAGUGGUCACUGUGUUCUACGGGACGCUAAUAUUUAUGUAUGUAAAGCCCAAGUCCAGCCAUUCCUUUGACACGGAUAAAAUGGCAUCUAUAUUUUACACUCUCAUCAUCCCCAUGCUGAAUCCCUUGAUCUAUAGCUUAAGGAACAAAGAUGUAAAGCAUGCACUGCAUCGAAUGUGGAAUAAACUCUGCAAUGUCUUUUCUUAA